GACGUUCUUCCGUGAGUCAACGACGUGCAGGUCAUCCACAGGCUGUGGAGAGUGCCAACAUGGUGGAUUUCGUUUUGUUCUGCUGUUGGCAGGAACGGCAGGCGUCGAGUAGAGGCGAAGAAAAAAAGAAGGCACCAAGUGAGGAAGAAGAAGCCAUGAAUAGCAAUCGAUUUCCUUCUUCAAAGGGGACAAUGGAUGAGAAUUUAGUAAAGAAAGGACGUGCUCGCCUUAAAGCUCGGAGGUUUUCGCGGCUUCAAGAAGUCCCGCGAGCGAUGUCAUCCCUUUCUCCCUGCAAUUCGAUCUCAAUGCUCACCUAUUCUUUCCGGCGGGCGCACUGGAUGGUUGCUCCCCGAUGAAGCUCGGGGCAUUGCUCAAAUUGCCGAUUGGCGAUGCGCGCGCGAGUUGCCGAGGCGAAGACGGGGCAUGCCAAGGAAUGACCGGCCCUGACACGGACGCCGAUAUGGCUAAGAGGCGGUCAGAAGUGAUCGAGUGGCUCAACAGUUUGUUCCCCGGCCUUGACAUACCGGUCGACGCGUUGGAGGAGGAACUCAGAGCGCGGUUGCUCGACGGAGCUCUCUUGUGUGGCAUCCUCAAGAGGUUUAAUCCAGACUACUCGGGGGAGAUCAGGACGGAGAACCGUUCAGAAAACAUAAGGAAAUUUAUUGCUGCUGUUGAACAGGCGGGACUGCCCAGUUUCAAGGUUUCAGACUUAGAACAGGGACCAGCGUCUGCAGUAGUGUACUGCCUUUGGUCUCUUAAGGAUCACCUCACGUCCGACACUGGAGAAAACAGGGAUCUGAACUCUCCGGCGAGGAGCGUAGGUGAGGCAAGAAUAGUAAGGUGGAAAUCUCUGGAGAGCAGGAUUGACGCUCUAAGAGGGGAUACCACCUUAAACGGGCAAAGUUCUGCUAUCUUUGGAGAGGAGAGAAGACACAGCUUUCAUGACUCGAGGUUACAACGCCGCCUGCGAAGUCCCAUCAUGUCUGAGCCAUCAACUCCCCCAACUCAUCAUGUUGGGCAUAAAUUCCAUGAGGUUUUCCAGCUAAAACAAGGGCGUUAUUAUGAUCUUCCUGCGGCUAAGAUCUCGGAGAUGAUGAAAUCAAACAGUUUAGAUAAUGCCCCCACUCAGUCUCUUCUAAGCGUUGUAAACGGAAUUCUCGAGGAAAGUAUCGAGAGGAAAAAUGGAGAAAUACCUCAGCGAGUAGCAUGCUUGCUGAGAAAAGUUGUGCAAGAGAUCGAACGGCGUAUUUCAACUCAGGCAGAGCACAUACGAAAUCAAAACAAUCUCAUAAAAGCACGCGAGGAGAAGUACCAGUCGAGGAUUAGAGUGCUUGAAACGCUAGCCAAUGGUACACCUGAUGAAACACAGAUAGUUAUGAACCAGCUUCAGCUGCUUAAGACAGAGAAGCACAAGAUCGAAGAGAGAAGCAAAGUUGGUGAAGAAGACAUGGUUAAGCUGACGAAGGAGAAGGAAAAGAGUGACAAGAUAAUUUCAGAUCUUACCCAAGAGUUGGAAACCAUAAAAAGGACGUACGAAGAUCAGUUUCAGCAGAUGGAUACAAAAACAAAGGAAUACCAAAUUGAAAAGCUGGCCAAGGAGAAGGAAAAGAGUGACAAGAUAAUUUCAGAUCUUACCCAAGAGUUGGAAACCAUAAAAAGGACGUACGAAGAUCAGUUUCAGCAGAUGGAUACAAAAACAAAGGAAUACCAAAUUGAAAAGCUGGCCAAGGAGAAGGAAAAGAGUGACAAGAUAAUUUCAGAGCUUAAGCAAGAGUUGGAAACCGUAAAAAGGACGUACGGAGAUCAGUUUCAGCAAAUGGAUACAAAGGCAAAGGAAUACCAAAUUGAAUUGGAGGAGAAGCUAAAGGAUGCCGAAUCCGUUUUGGCCGAAUCGCAGAGGAGAAUACAGGAGCUAGAGACAGAUUCAGAAUUCAAUUUUCAGAACUGGAACCAAAAGGAACAUGUUUUCCAAAGCUUCGUAGAUCUACAAAUGCAGUCGGUGCAGGAAUUGAGGUCGUCUUCCAACUCCAUCAAGAAAGAAGUGAAGGUUUCACAAAAGAGAUGGUUCGAAGAAUUGAACAGCUUUGGGCAACAGCUGAAGGUACUGACUGACGCAGUAGAGAACUACCAUGCCGUCCUCGCAGAAAACAGGAGAUUGUACAACGAGGUCCAGGAGCUAAAAGGAAAUAUUAGAGUUUACUGUCGGAUAAGGCCAUUCCUUCCUGGGGAGAAUAGAAAACAGUCCACCAUAGAUUACAUUGGUGAGAACGGUGAGCUUCUUGUUGUGAAUCCCUCCAAGCCCGGAAAAGAUGGACAGCGAAUGUUCAAGUUCAACAAGGUCUUCGGUUCAACCGCCACUCAAGAGCAAGUCUUCUUGGACACUCGGCCUUUAGUUCGAUCAGUUCUUGAUGGCUAUAAUGUAUGCAUUUUUGCAUAUGGUCAGACUGGAUCAGGAAAAACCUACACCAUGACUGGACCGGAAUCAGCAACCGAGAAGGAAUGGGGUGUCAAUUAUCGAGCUCUGAACGACCUCUUUCAGAUAUCUCUAAGUAGGAGAGACACAUAUCUGUAUGAAGUGGGUGUUCAGAUGGUUGAAAUAUACAAUGAGCAAGUGCGUGAUCUGCUCGGACAUGGCAGCUCACAGAAGAAGCUUGGAGUUCUGACUACAUCCCAGCCAAAUGGGCUUGCCGUCCCCGAUGCGAGUAUGCUUCCUGUCAAAGCUACUUCUGAUGUGCUGGACCUGAUGCAGAUAGGACAUGGAAACAGGGCUGUGAGUGCCACUACUCUCAAUGAAAGAAGUAGCCGGUCGCACAGCAUUCUGACAGUUCAUGUUCGAGGAACGGAUCUGAAAACUGGAACCACCUUGCGAGGCUCUCUUCAUCUGGUAGAUCUUGCUGGAAGUGAGAGAGUUGACCGUUCCGAGGUGACCGGAGAUAGGCUCAAGGAAGCGCAACACAUCAACAAAUCUCUGUCGGCUCUCGGAGAUGUCAUAUUUGCUCUGUCGCAAAAGACCGCUCAUGUGCCGUACAGAAACAGCAAACUAACUCAAGUACUGCAAAGUUCUUUGGGUGGACACGCCAAGACACUGAUGUUUGUACAGAUAAAUCCCGAUACAGGGUCUUUCUCCGAGAGUCUGAGUACCUUAAAGUUUGCUGAGAGGGUUUCCGGGGUGGAGCUGGGUGCUGCAAAGAGUCAAAAGGAAGGGAAAGAUAUCAGAGAUUUGAUGGAACAGGUGGCAUCACUUAAAGAUACUAUUGCAAGGAAAGAUGAGGAGAUUGAACAGCUCCAACAGACGAAAGACAUCAGAUCAAAACAUAGUAACAGCCCACUGAAGCAUUCAUCCUCCACGAAUUCAGUGGUAGGUCAAGAACGGAUGUCAUCUGUAGGAAGGGCAAUGGCUGCUAAUAAGGUGGGUGCAGAUCAUGAGAACUGGUCAGAGCACAGUGGCGAGGUUUCUGAAUCUGGUUCUCACCAGUCCGCAGAUGACAGAAGGCAGCAGAAGGAGCACAGCCAUCCAAAGCUCAGUGGAGAAGCAGCAGAGCAGAGUUCUGCGGACCCUGAGCUCUUGGGUUUCGGUGACGCAGACUCCGAGGAACGAUUGAGUGACAUAUCGGAUGGUGGCCUCUCCAUGGGAACCGAAACCGAUGGUUCGAUCGGCAGCCUCGUCGAGUAUAAUCUCUUCCCGGAACAAGCCAAAUCAUCAGAAACCACCAAAGCGCCUAAAACUCCGACGCGAGUGGCGGCGAAGGCAACGUCUUCGAGGACCGCCCAAGUGCCAGCGUCCCGAACAAGAUCAAGAGACAUGUUGAAGUCCCCAAGUCUAAAGAAAAGCACAAGUCAAGUGGCAAUCUCUUCAUCCAGGACCUCAAAGGUUGUAGGGAAAGCACAGGUCAAGUGAGAGAGCCCUGGUCGCAGCCUUCGUCGAAUCGCUGGCAGCGGAGCGAGUGGUGUUCUCAACCUUCGUCAAUGCGUUUUGCUUGUACAAUUUUGCUAUAGCAGUUAUGAAUGGCGGUGAAGAAGCAACCUUGUCUUUGUUUAUAUUUAUGUUACUCUUAUAGAUUUCUCUGUAAUGGUGGAAGGGGUAUCUAUCACCUUGUAUUUGUUUAUAUUUGUGUUACUCUAUAGAUUUCUCUGUAAUGGUGGAAGGGGUAUCAUAUUGAUGUUGUGCAUAUAAAGAUAUCAAUACAUUUGUUGUGAUGUGGCAUAUUAAGCCUAAUAAACUAUCAGAACAUUUGUUGUGCAUAUUAAGAUAUCAAUAUCAUCGAUCAAGAAAUUGAUUUGAACGCACCAGAGUUUUACCGGACACAAACAA